GCAAUAACUCCAUCUACUGAGCAGCAAUUGACUCCAACUUUUGACCAGGGGCAAACGCCCACGACAAGUCAAAGCUACUCAACAGAUGUCACCUUGGAGAGCUUACAAAAACAACUGCAGGAACUCGCUCGUAUGCAAGGCAAUAAAUCUGAAGAAUAUCAGCCCGAACCGUUGGUUAAGACCGGAGAAGAGUCUCGGGCAGCACUGGAAGCCCAAGCACAUGUCAGACAAGCCCAACUAACGGGAAAAGCCAACCAACAACAGCCAAUCGCGAUGUCUUGUCAAUGUUCUAAUCCAGUGUGCUGCCUUAAAAUGAUAAAAAGCCAAGCCUCUUUGCCUAAGGUAGGAGCAUCGACAUACGUUGCAUCUGUGGAGCCUGAUCGCUCCGAAUGCAUGAUCAUGACGAGAGAUCGUGGAGCGACACCUGUGCAGCGCAACAGCAGGCAGUCACAUGUUCCAUCAGCAGUCAUACCACCAGCUUCAUCUCACCAUGUCCGUGAGAUUAUGACUAUGAAGGCAUCUAACACUUCCCAGCAGCGGAGUAGAGAAAAUAGUUUUUUUAAGUUGGAGAAAGUAGGACAGCAGAGAUCUAGUGAUCAACACAGUGGUGUGGAAAAGCAAGCGUUUUCAAUGGCAUCCCCAAUGUCAAUGACGGUACGCGCACUGGGAAAAAUGAGGGCACCAUCCCCACUGGGAAUUCCAGAUGUGCCUUCCUUACCCCAGAAUGACCCCAAGUUCGUCACUUACCAGCUGAACAGGUUAGAGAUGACCAAAGCUCAGGCACACGACAACAUCACGACCUCAAACGUGCCUCUCAGCGGGUUCGCUUACGCUUUCCCGAGGAUAUCCGGGACUGUAGCGGGAGGGCUUGAAGGUGUCAAACCAGCAUACGGAACUGGGGCGCCCAAGUUCGCUUACAAAGGAGAACGAUUGCCACCAAAUUGCAUCAGCAUUGUACCCAAGCAUUAGUCAUUCACGAUUUCGGUGACUUGAAAUUCAAAUUCUUGAAUACUUGCGGUACCUAAGCUCACCAACUCAUCUACUUGAUCUUCGCGACAAAUUCGAGUUCUCUACUUAUUUCGAUCCUUCAUGAUAUUUUCCGUAGAAUUCACAAUGGGACGAUGCCGGUUAUUGCAAAGCUUGUCACGUCCGUGGGUUGAAAAUAAAACGAGUUCAUUUGUAAA